AGACAGAGUGAGAGCAAUGCUUUUCCCGGAAAAGGAGAGAGACAUAAAAAAAGUUCCAAGAAAGAAUCACAGAAUUUUCGCAGAAGCAGGCCAAGAAUACACGCAUCCCAAACCGUUAUUAACGUGUCAGCCUCUAAAUUUGCAUGGCAUAUUGUCUUUAACUGAGUCAAUUCCUUAAUAAACCCUCUGCUUUACCAACCCUGUUCUCACUCAUUCACAUACUAUAAUACUACGAUAGCGUAGACUCUUCCCAGUUCUGUUGUGUGAGUCUGUGAGUCUUUCUUAGCUGAUAUGGCGGUUGAUCGCUCCCUUACGAGGUGCUGUAGCCUCGUACUGUGGUCGUGGAUGUUGCUGAGGAUGAUGAUGGCGCAGGGUGCAGCCGCGAGGGCCAACCGGAAGGAGUGGGACUCGGUCAUAAAGUUACCGGCUGAACCGGUCGAUGCUGACUCGGAUCAUGAAGUGGGAACACGAUGGGCGGUUCUUGUGGCUGGUUCAAACGGCUAUGGAAACUACAGGCAUCAAGCAGAUGUGUGCCAUGCGUACCAGUUGCUGAUAAAAGGUGGGCUAAAAGAAGAGAACAUAGUGGUGUUUAUGUACGAUGACAUAGCUACAGACGAGUUAAAUCCCAGACCUGGAGUCAUCAUCAACCACCCUGAGGGACAAGAUGUGUAUGCUGGUGUUCCUAAGGAUUACACCGGUGAGAAUGUGACGGCCCAGAACCUCUUUGCCGUUAUUCUUGGAGACAAGAAUAAAGUGAAGGGAGGAAGUGGCAAAGUGAUCAAUAGCAAACCUGAGGACAGAAUAUUUAUAUACUACUCUGAUCAUGGAGGUCCGGGAGUUCUUGGGAUGCCAAACAUGCCAUACCUUUAUGCUAUGGACUUUAUUGAAGUCUUGAAGAAGAAACAUGCAUCUGGAGGUUACAAGAAGAUGGUCAUAUACGUGGAAGCUUGUGAAAGUGGGAGCAUGUUUGAGGGUAUAAUGCCUAAGGAUCUGCAGAUUUAUGUCACAACUGCAUCCAAUGCACAAGAGAAUAGUUGGGGAACUUAUUGUCCUGGAAUGGAUCCUUCUCCACCUCCAGAGUACAUCACUUGCCUAGGGGAUUUGUACAGUGUUGCUUGGAUGGAAGAUAGUGAGACUCAUAAUCUAAAAAGGGAGUCCGUGAAACAACAAUACAAAUCGGUAAAGCAACGGACUUCAAAUUUCAACAACUAUGCGAUGGGUUCUCAUGUGAUGCAAUACGGUGACACAAACAUCACAGCUGAAAAGCUUUAUUUAUACCAAGGUUUUGAUCCUGCCGCUGUGAACUUCCCUCCACAGAACGGAAGGCUAGAAACUAAAAUGGAAGUUGUUAACCAAAGAGAUGCAGAACUUUUCUUCAUGUGGCAAAUGUAUCAGAGAUCAAACCAUCAGCCAGAAAAGAAGACAGACAUCCUCAAACAGAUAGCGGAGACAGUGAAGCAUAGGAAACACAUAGAUGGUAGCGUGGAAUUGAUUGGAGUUUUAUUGUAUGGACCAGGAAAAGGUUCUUCUGUUCUACAAUCCAUGAGGGCUCCUGGUCUUGCCCUUGUUGAUGACUGGACAUGCCUAAAAUCAAUGGUUCGGGUGUUUGAGACUCACUGUGGGACACUGACUCAGUAUGGCAUGAAACACAUGCGAGCAUUUGCCAACAUUUGCAACAGCGGUGUUUCUGAGGCCUCCAUGGAAGAGGUUUGUGUGGCAGCUUGUGAAGGCUACGAUUCUGGGCUAUUACAUCCAUCAAACAAAGGCUAUAGUGCUUGAUUUUGGGUUUUGUACACAGCUUAAAAACCCGGUUGAUGAUGUAAUACUUCUCUAUUGCAUUCUCCCUACUGGUUUCUGCUGCAUGUGUCAAAUUUUCUCUAAACUAGAGUAGCCCAAUAGCAUACGUGUUAUGAGCAUUGGUCAUGUAUAUAAGUGUAAUAGUAAUAUCUUUUACAUAUUAUAAGAUCAGUUAGUUUGGUUUACUA